AUGGCUCACGAAAUCGACUGGAUGAACAGUCAGGCUGGAGUAUGCAACAUAAACCCCUACAACUCCAACAAACAGAAAGAAGGCUUGGAACGUAAAAUGAUUUGCUUUGUUGAUGUUGCCAAACUGAACAUAAAAGACAAGAAUUUGGACCCAAAUAUUGUACGUGACCAACUCGAAAACAUCACAGACCCUGCCAGUGAACUUGACUUAAGAAACCUGGAGGAGAAGGAGGUCAUUGUAUUCAAGGACAAUGAAGGAAGUAAUUGCAAUAUUACCAAUGGAGCUGUCUGCCUUUUCAAGCAAGGUUCCUUGGAAGAUGUCAAUGUUGUCAGCUGGCUCAGUAACAACCUCCAGAAAUAUGCAUUUGGAUUCCAACACGCACUGACUCCUUUGAGGACCUCUCAGAAAAUAAAGGUGUUUGAUAAGGGAUCUCAGAACAACAAUAACACUGGUUCCAACCCUUCAAUGGCUGAAUCAGAAAAUUCAGAUGAUCUUGCCUAUUAUGCUAAUAAACUCUGUUCCUUAGUCGUUGAGAUGGCCCGUAAAGAGAUCAAGGAUAAAUGGGAGAAUGCUGGUAAAUACUUAUGCCAAAAAAGUUCUUAUAGCCCAGGAAGCAGAUAUACUACAACAGAAAACAAGCCAUCUUCAGAAAACGAUUUCAAACAGCAAGAAGGAUCAUAUUCAGAAAGAAUGAAAAGAUCAGAUGAUACUACCUCUGUCAGUAAAGGGAUGAUGUUAUACGCAAACCAGAUGGCUUCAGACAUGAUGCUAUCAUUCCUGAAGACCAUGAAAGUCCAAAAGGGAAGACACCCUCCACCAGCAUGUAUUCUUUUAAAAGAGGUACUGGUGAGGCAUGCCAAGGAAAUUAUCUCGGACUUGAUAGAUUCCUCAAUGAAAAAUUUACACAAUAUCACAGGGGCACUCAUGACAGACUCUGAUUUUAUUUAUGGGCUGAAGAAGAAUCUCUACAGUGUUGGAAGCCAAAAGUCCACAGAGAUUUUGGAAGCAAUGGUGAGACGCUUAUUUAGACUCCUCUCUGGGGAUGAUAAGAUUCGGUCCCAAAGCUUAGCUUUUACAUCAUAUAAAUUAGGGGCACAGGGGGGCCAAAGAACUCAAGGCAUGCAGUUUGCAUCCCUGAAAAGUGAGAGCCACAGCCAGGGGAAGGAAAGAAUAGGUGGACUAGGGAAAAUUGUUCCAUCAGGAAGUCGGGGGUCAGACAAGCAAGGGUCAGUGGAUGUGUAUGCAAAAGAGCUUCUUUUAACAGCCUUAAUGCAAAUACAGCAGCACUUGUUGGAAAAAACCAGAAACACCAGACACCGUGAACCCAGUACCAACUCAUUUGGCUAUAUUCACCAUGACUCCACUUAUGACAGAACUGGUGAGAGAAGCCUAAAGCGCUUGUCAAAGUCUUAUGAUGGAAGAACAGAUUGUGACAGCCUCAAAGAUAAAGGCAGCCUUCUACUAUCCAUUAUCCAGAAGAUCCUUCAAGAAGUUAGUUUCAGUUCUGAUGACAGUUGCAUGGACAAGAACAGGGGAUAG